AUGCGAAGAAAGCCUCCCUUCUCUCAACCUAGACCCUUUAAACCCCCUUCCCAGCGACGCGGCAAUGACCUCGCAUCACCAACAUCUUCCCAAAGCUGUCGGGCCGGUGUAAUCGACCAGAGACUUGUUGCAGGGUCACAGCAGCCACAAUAUUCAACCUCGUUCCCCCGAGAAUCUGCCACAAGGCCCAUCUCUGUCCAUGAUGAAGAUUCGCAGCUGGAUGCCUUUGAUCUCGAGCUUCUAGGCCAGGGUACUAGGGUGGAAGCCCCCCAUCAAGAAUUCGGGUUUCCUACGGUCACGCCUUUGCAAGAAUCAAGUUUCCCGCUUGAGCAUCAAAAUGCAGCACGCCAAGUCUCCCGAUUCUUCCACCCAAAUGCCAACAGCACACCCCUUCGAGGCCACGCAUCCAGCUCAUCCGAUACGGGACCGGCCUCCCCCGCGAGCCCAUUGAUGAUGCUGCAUCAAAGAAAAGAAGGCUCGUGGCUUGGACGAGGUCGCCCUGAGAAUAAUCGAGAUCCGUACCAGUAUGAACCCAUUCAAUCCUCGCCACAGCCCGCAUCAUCCCACGCAAGUGCCGAGCUAUCAGCUGGGAUCGGACAACGUCAAGGGUUUUCCUUUGACAAGAUCCCGCUCUCAGUGCGCGGAAUUGUCCUUGUCCCCGUGAAUGACCUACCCGAGACUCACCGAACCCUAUUCCCUUUUCCGUUGUUCAAUGCAAUCCAGUCCAAAUGCUUCCAGCCAGUUUACAAUACCAACGAUAACAUCGUCCUCUCGGCACCCACAGGAAGCGGAAAGACAGUGAUCAUGGAGCUGGCCAUCUGCCGGCUGCUCAACACUCUAAAAGACGAGCGAUUCAAGGUCAUCUACCAAGCGCCGACAAAGUCCCUCUGCGCAGAAAGGUUCCGAGACUGGAAUUCCCGCUUAUCCGCGCUGGAUCUCAAGUGUGCCGAGCUGACCGGCGACACGGACUAUACGCUGCUGCGCAGCGUGCAAAACAGCCAGAUCAUCAUCACCACGCCAGAGAAAUGGGACAGCAUGACGCGCAAAUGGAAGGAUCAUAUGCGAUUGAUGCAGUUGGUAAAGCUGUUCCUCAUUGACGAAGUGCACAUCCUCAAAGAAACCCGUGGAGCCACACUCGAGGCAGUUGUUUCGCGAAUGAAGAAUAUCGGGUCGAAUGUCCGCUUCGUGGCUUUGAGUGCCACGGUCCCGAACUCGGAAGACAUUGCAACUUGGCUCGGCAAGGACGCAACGAACCAACAUGUUCCUGCUCACCGGGAGCAUUUUGGGGAGGAGUUUCGGCCUGUCAAGUUGCGAAAGUUUGUCUAUGGGUAUCAGUCGACGCUGAAUGAAUUUGCCUUUGACAAAGUUUGUGGCUCCAAGCUUCCAGAUGUCAUUGGCAUGCAUUCGUCCCAGAAGCCGAUUAUGAUCUUCUGCUGUACCCGGAACUCGUCUGCAACAACCGCCAAAGAGCUCGCUCGUCUGUGGACGAUGACCAAUCCUCCGGCUAGACUGUGGAAGGGGCCGAAUAAGCGCAUAGAAACGCACAACGAGGACCUCAAAACCACAAUUGCCGCCGGUGUAGCAUUCCACCAUGCCGGGCUUAGUCCCGCGGACCGCCAUGCCAUCGAGACAGGCUUCCUGGGCGGUCACAUCAACGUGAUAUGUUGUACGUCAACGCUUGCGGUGGGUAUAAACCUGCCCUGUCACUUCGUGAUCAUCAAAAACACCGUCGGUUGGCAAGAAGGCGGUUGCAAGGAAUAUUCCGAUCUCGAGAUUAUGCAGAUGCUCGGUCGCGCAGGCCGUCCCCAAUUUGACGGCAGCGCUACGGCAGUGAUACUGACUCGCAAAGAGCGAGUCUCGCAUUACGAGAGGCUGGUAUCAGGCUCAGAGAGCCUUGAAAGUUGCCUGCACUUGCAUCUGAUCGAUCACUUGAACGCUGAGAUUGGACUGGGCCAUGUGACGGACGUGGAUUCGGCUGUGAAGUGGCUUGCCGGGACGUUUUUGUUUGUGAGGCUACGACGAAACCCGACGCAUUACAAGCUCAAAGAAAGUGCAAAUCAGGAUGAUGAGGAAGAGAUGCUCCGCCACAUCUGUGAGAAGGAUAUCACUCUUCUGCAGGAGUACGGCUUGGUUAGUACUGAGGGCCUUCGGUCCACCCCGUUCGGUGAUACCAUGGCCCGGUACUAUGUUCGGUUCGAGACUAUGAAAACCCUGCUUUCGCUAAGACAUCAAGCCACGCUUUCUCAAAUUCUUGAUGUCAUUUCGCAAGCGGAGGAGUUCCGCGAAGUUCGUCUCAAGGCAGGCGAAAAAUCGCUUUACCGAGAGAUCAACCGCAACCCUGGAAUAAGGUAUUCGGUCAAGGUCGAUAUAGCCCUUCCAGCACAUAAGAUCUCGCUACUCUUGCAGUCCGAGCUAGGCGCAAUUGAAUUCCCCGACGCCGAGUCACUUCAAAAGCACAAGUUCCAGUUCCAGCAAGACAAAAGCAUUGUGCUCUCGCACGUAAAGCGGCUCAUUCGAUGCGUGGUCGACUGUCUCAUCGCACGGGAGGACUCAAUUGCCAUCCGCAAUGCCUUGGAACUGGCCCGAAGUUUCGGUGCAAAGGUUUGGGACCAGUCCCCCCUUCAGAUGAAACAGAUUGACCAAGUGGGCAUUGUUGCUGUCCGGAAACUGGCUGCCGCUGGCAUCACAAGCAUCGAAGUUCUCGAGGGCACUGAGGCUCACAGGAUUGAAGUCAUUCUCAGCAAAAACCCGCCUUUCGGGGCUAAGUUACUUGCUCGACUGAAGGACUUCCCCAAGUUGCGGGUGGUUGUGAAAAUGAUGGGGAGGGAUAUCAGAGCUGGCGCUGUGAAUAUUCGCUUCAAGGCGGAGAUAGCAUUUAUGAACGACAGACUCCCAACUGUCUUCCAGCGGCGACCGAUAUAUGUGUGCUGUUUGACCGAAAUAUCGGACGGGCGAAUGGUUGAUUUCCGGCGCAUAAGCGCGAGCAAGCUCCAGGACGGGUUGGAAGUGGUUCUCAUUGCGGAAUUGAAGAGUGCAGAUCAGUACAUCGUGUGCCAUGUCAUGUGCGAUGAUAUCGGUAUGUCUUCCCUCCCGGUACCCGUAUUUGGCGCUAACAGUGGUAUAGCCGGGACUUGGAGACAGGCUGAGAUCAGACCUGGAAUACCUUCACAUCUUUUCCCGCCGAAGAGAGAUGGCGACAACGAUGUUGACUCCCUCAAUGGACCGCGAAUGAACAUGUCUCGGCCACGCAACCAGGACAAAUCUGGAGGCAAGCCCAAGGCCCACGAGGACAAGGACGACUUUGAUGGCGAUGACCUGCAGUUAGAUGACUUCCUGGCUGCAGACCAGCGCACAAGCGCUGGAACCAAUCCAUCGGAGAAGACAUCCCAGGUCCAAGAUACAGACUGGAUCUCCAUUGACAACAGCACCCCCAGUCCACUGCGGCGGGUAAAAUGCAAGUCGCAUACCCACGAAGACGAAUGGAUCACAGAUAUGGGACAGCAAGAUGGCGAAGAGUACGAACCGAUCCGACUUCCGAAUGGGCGGUGGGCCUGCAAUCACAAAUGCAGAGACAAGACGAGCUGCAAGCAUUUCUGUUGCCGAGAGGGCCUAGAAAAGCCGCCCAAACCCAGCAAAAGACGGGUUGCCACUCAAGGCCAAAAGAACACCGGCCUCAGUCAAUUGAUGCUUCCAGCGAGCAUGACAAAACAAGAAUCUUCGGACCCUCCUAAGAAGGAUGGUGGGGCUGCCAAACAGCAUUUGACUGGGAAAACUAGGGCUGGCGAUGCAUCGAAGACAAAGACCUCGAGGUUGCAAAAAGCAUCGCACCAAACUCAGGCGUUUCCCAAAAGUAUCGACAAACUCAUAGCAUCACCGGCAAAGACCAAGCAAUCUGUGAGUCCUUUGAGGAUACUGUCUAGUGACUAUAGCGAUGACGGGCUUGAAGACUUGCCUUCCCCGUCGCGGUUGCUAGCAGAGGCUGGGUCCAGUUUUGCACGACCCGAUUCACCGGUCGUGAGAGCCCUUGACCCGAUGGAGAGAUUCAGUACCCGGGUCACCGAUGGAACGGCCAAUGCUGAGCACCAGCAGCCCUGUUCAAUUGAUAUCACCGGACCCAAAUCGACGCUUGUGACCCCCUUGGAGAAGCAAACUGAGAUAUUCCAGCCUUCGAAGGAUUGCGAGAUCAUUGAGAUCUGGGAUGAUAGCCCUUCAGACUCCGGAAAUGCGCAAGAACCGAGUCUUGUGGGGCCUUUAAACCCCAGCGAGUCUGCACCUUUACUCUCUGUCGAUGCAAAUGUGAUCCAGCAACCCAAGCGAAAGUCGAGCUCUCAGGAUGAUAUUAACGAUAGUAUCACUCGAAAACGAAGAACCCUAUCCCGCCUCGCACUUCAAUUCCGACAUGAUUCCUCAGAUUCAGAACCAAUGUCGGUGAAUACCGCCGACAAAAUCGCAGUGAAUGGCAUUCCUGUGGAAUGGAAUGAUAUCGACCCGCUAUUGCUUGAUGAAUUCAAAGAUAUUAUUAACUUUUUCUAG